ACUUCAAAGCUUUUCAGCUCUCUCUCUUCUCUUCUCUUCUCUUCUCUUCUCUUCUCUUUUCUCUCUGAAGAAGACUACUAAGCAAGUUUUAAUUGGAUGGAAGAAAUUCAACAACAACAACAACAACAACAACAACAACAACAACAACAACAACAACAACAACAACAACAACAAGAACUGACGCAAGAACAGAUAAUGGAGUUCAAAGAGGCUUUUUGUCUAUUCGACAAAGAUGGUGAUGGAUGCAUCACUGCUGAUGAACUUGCCACUGUGAUCCGCUCAUUGGAUCAGAACCCUACCGAGCAAGAACUUCAAGAUAUGAUCACUGAGAUCGACUCCGAUGGCAACGGCACCAUCGAAUUUUCGGAGUUUCUCAACCUCAUGGCUAACCAACUCCAGGAAACUGAUGCAGAUGAAGAGCUGAAAGAAGCAUUCAAAGUGUUUGACAAAGACCAAAAUGGUUACAUCUCUGCCAGUGAGGUAAGCAAAUAAUUUACUCUUUCUUCUCUUAAUUCUAAUUCAUACUAAUACUCCUUUAAUUAAUGAUUGGAAGCAUAAAAAGGAGUAUGUUACUUAUGUGUUAACUGAUUGUAGUAUUAUUUUGUCUAGUUUCGUUACAUGAACCAAUUUUUCAAAAAACAAAUAGUAUUAAUUUUUUAUUUUACUUGAGUUGAGUAGAACACAAGCUCGGAAUUUAGAUUUAUGUAUUUUCUUAUUUUUAUCAACAAUUGUGCAUUUAGUUAGAAAAUGACAACAAAUUGAUAGCUAAAUCAAGGUUAGAAUCUUUUGAAUUAAUGAAAACAUCAGAUCACAAGUCUAGACGAUAUUUCGAGUUUUACAAGAGAUCCUUUAUGUGUCUUAUUCAUAACUUGGAGCAGAAAAUGACAACAAGAUAUGGCUAAUUAUGUUUUUCUUAAUUAAUUGAAAAGUGUCUUGUGUCGUAAAAAGCUAAAUUGUUUGAGGCUUCGAGCUAGCUGGCAUUAUGACUUUUUGGAGAUAACGAGGUCAAAAGAAAUAUUUAAAAAUAUUGAUAACAUUUAGUAAAAUGUGUUUAUGAUUCUAUUGGUUUAUUGGGCAGAGCAUAUGUCUCACUUAAGCGUAAAUAAUAUGUUUAUACUUUCACACCCAGUUUCUUCUUCUUAAUCAUGCAUUUUCGUUCGAAUAUAUAGUUCAACAUUUUUGCUCUUGGAAUAUAAGAACUCAACAAAGACUAGUAUUCAUCUAUUACAUUUAUUUUUACAAUUUAGUUAGAGUUGCUCUUUUUUCCCUAUCUUUUUGUUUCUGAAUUUCAUAGAUUUAUUUAUCUACAAAAACUAUUCGACGGACGAUAUCUUAUGCAUUGGCCAUGAUCCAUGCUUAACAAUAAACAUCAUUAGUAGAUAGUAAUUCUAUAAUCUUUGUAAUUUUGAUAUAUAAUUACAG